GUUGUCGCAGUAAUAGUACAGUCAGGGGGCAACAUGGCGCUUGGAAGAAUCAGCGUCUGCUUCCGAGUACUGCUUCAUGAUAUUCCCUCAAAGGGAUUAUGUCGUGGCCUCAUACAAUCGGACUGUAUGACAUGCAGGGUAGGAGCAAAAAGGCAUCUGCUGUCAGAGGAUGUUGUCAAGCUACAAGAAUUUCAGCAGCGGAAACUGGCAGUGGCUCAUCAAGUGUCCGGAUCAAAAAGUCAUUAUAUUGAGGUAUUUAAUCAGAAGCUGAUGAAGAAACAGCUAGUAUUGAAGGAUGAGUUAAAGCUGCUUCUACACCUUUGCCAAUCUGCAGAGGACAUGGUCACAGCCAGAGGUGCCAUCUACAGAUACCAUGAGGAGAACAGAAACGUAGCAUUUGGAGAGUUUAAGUUUGGUCCUCUCUUCAUGAGGCUGUGCUAUGAACUGGGGCUGGAGGAGAUGGCUGCUGCCACACUGACAGACAAGGAUUUGAGAGGAUUCUUCUCGGACUCAACCUCCUUCAAUAUUGCCAUAGACAUGCUGUUUAUGAAAGGAUUAUAUGAGAGUGGUCUGGAUGUACUGCGAGACAUGAAGAACCAAGGUGUGCCAUUCAACAAGGACACGUUCACAUUAGCAACUGGUACUUGCUAUAAACUGAACACUCCAGAGUCCUAUAGAAUCUGUACUGCCCUGAUGGAGGAGGGACAGACCAAAGGACACAUGAUACCCAGGCACGCCUACUGCUUCACUGUGGCGCUAGCACUUAGACAGAAUGAUGUUGAAAAAGCACAAUCCAUGUUUGGUCAGAUUAUGAGCACUGACAGCAGAAUAUGCCAAAAUCUCAAAGUUCUGAUACUGGCUAUGGCAGGAGCUGUAAAAGAAUCCCUCUUCAUCCUGACCCUAGCCUUGGGUUCUAGCACUACUGUCUUUAUCAAGAAGCCUGAAUUUGCACAGGAAGUGGUGGACCUGGUGCGUUUGCGGAGUGAGGACAGUCCUUUGAUGGCGGGUGUGGAGGAGGCAGUGUCCCGUCUCCAAAAUGCUGGUCAGGUGACACAACGGAGCCUGGACGAAAUGUUGUGUCACACCCCCACGGGGAAGAGGAGGAUGCCCAUAGGAAUGAUGGAGGAGAGGUUGAUCAGCCGGAGGACUCUGAGGCCCCUGCAGUCCACUCUGCUCUCAGAGUGAGGAGGAGGACUAGGUGUAUCUCCCAGCAUGUUUGAGGGGAUCGGUUUGUGGUGCAGAAUCGCAAUCUUGACCCCAUAAUGAGUAGUUAUUUGGGAUGCAAGGUGAUUUGUAGAUCAGUGAUUCUGUGCAGUUCGACUGCAAUGUAGUCAUCCUAAACUUUAGCUGUCCCAGUCAUGGCCAUCUCACACCACUCAAAAGGGACUGAACAGAGAUGGUCUCUGAGCUUUGCUCUAGCUCUCUCCCUCCACCUGGACCUUAGUUAUACUGUACCAUUCAGUGAAAUCAACCUUUCCUCUCAACCAGAGACCCCCCGGUAUCCUUCCUUCUUGGUAUUUUUGGUCUAUCCUAAAAUAUGCUUUAGGAUGGAACCGAUAUACUUGUAAGUUCAAUGGCUUGGGAGAUCCUUUAGAGCCUUUCAGAAAGAAUAAACUCCUGGCUGUGGAAAGGCUCCCUUGAAUUCAAGGGAUGCUCACCUCACAUCAAUGCAACACUAUAACAUCAGACAUUGACAGCAAUGUGUGGAAAGAAGAAUGUAAGGGUAUGUGAGACACACCUGUAAUUGUUUGAUCAAAAUGUAUUAAAUAUUGAAUGCUAUAAAAACAG